AUGAGGCAACAACAAAUAUGCAUAGGUAGAUUGUAUUAUGCACAUCCUAAUUCUGGUGAACGAUAUUAUUUACGUAUGCUGCUUACAAAGGUUCGAGGUGCAAAAUGUUGUGAAGAUAUUAGAACUGUUAAUGGCAUUGUGCACCCAACAUUUAAAUCUGCAUGCCUUGCACUUGGCUUACUUGACGAUGAUAAUGAAUGGGACGCAGCUUUAAUAGAAGCCUCAACAUGGGCAUCAGGUGCUCAACUGCGAAAUAUGUUUUGCUCAAUGCUAAUGUUUUCUGAGGUUACAAAUGCAUAUGAAUUGUGGGAGAAUCAUUGGUUUGACCUUACUGAUGAUUUACAAAAUAGGGUACAAAGGCAAAUUGGGGAUGGCAACAUAAGUCUCGAAGAAUGUGAAUUGAAAAAUUUAGGAUUGCUUAAAAUUGAGCACAUACUAAAUCAGAAUGGAAGGUCUCUUAAAGAGUUUCCUCCGAUGCCACUACCAUCAUAUCGAUCAGGUCAAAUGGUUACUAAUAGGCUCAUAAGGGAGGAAUUGAACUACGAUAGCAUUUCAGAAAUGCAAUCUUUUGAAUCUUUAUAUGUGGGAUUGAAUGAUGACCAAUUGAAAGUGUUUAACACCAUAAUGGAAGCUUAUUCCACUUAUCAUGGGGGCUUCUUUUUUGUGUAUGGUAGUGGAGGAACUGGAAAGACAUAUUUAUGGAGCACUUUAAUUACAAAAUUUCGAUCUGAUAAGAAGAUCAUUCUUUCUGUUGCAUCAUCAGGGACAGAUUUGGCAAGGUUAAUUCAAGAGGCGUUGUUAAUUAUAUGGGAUGAAGCACCAAUGGUUAGUCGUCAUGCUUUUGAAGCUGUUGAUCGUACAUUUAGGGACAUAUUGAAAAAUACAGAACAUUGUUCAGGGGAUAGGGUUUUUGGUGGAAAACUAUUUGUGCUUGGUGGUGACUUUAGACAAAUAUUGCCUGUUGUACCUAGAGCACAAGAUAUUUCUAAUCAUAUGCGUCAUGAAUUACGUGACUUUGCAGAGUGGAUUAAAUUGGUUGGUGAAGGGAAAAUAAUGGGAAGCUCAUUUAGUGAAGGCUAUGAACCUAAUUGGAUACAGAUACCAGAAAAAUUUGUUAUAAAAAAUGGAGAAAGAGAUUUGCACCAGUUAAUCGAUGCCACCUAUCCUGAUUUCAUAAAUAAAUAUCAAGACAUGUCGUACUUAAAAGAACGAGGCAUUUUAGCUCCUAAAAAUAGUGAUGUUGAUGAAAUCAAUUCUAUUAUGCUUUUGAUGCUUCCUGGAGAGAUGAAAACUUUUAACAGUGCUGAUAAAUUGUGUCCAACAGAAAGUGAGAGCAAUGUUCAAGACAUGAACCCUCCUGAACUUUUGCAUUCUUUGAAUUUACCAGGACUUCCAAAUUAUUGUUUGCAGUUGAAAGUUGGAACACCAAUAAUGCUUCUAAGAAAUGUCAACCAAUCUUUGGGAUUAUGUAAUGGCACUCGAUUAAUUGUUGAUAAGAUGGGAAAUCGAGUAAUUGAAGCUAGAGUUAUUACAGGGUCUAGAGUUGGUGAGAAAGUACUACUUUCACGUAUUGUUUUAACACCUUCCAAAAAUCAUGCUCCUUUUACAAUGAAAAGAAGGCAAUUUCCAAUAAAGUUGGCAUUCGCUAUGACAAUAAAUAAGAGUCAAGGGCAAACUUUGAAGAAUGUGGGCCUUUAUCUUCCGAAUCCAGUCUUCUCUCAUGGCCAGUUGUAUGUAGCUUUAUCACGUGUCACCUCCCCAUCAGGCUUAAAGGUGUUGAUUAUUAAUAAACAAGGCAUACCGGAUGAUGUCACCAAAAAUGUAGUUUACAUAGAAGUUUUUAGUGGCAUUGAUCAAUAA